CCCGAAGGCUUGGGACCGCGGCGACGGCGGCUGACGCAGGGAUCCCGCGGCUGCGGCGGCGACGGCGGCGGCGGUGGCGGCGGCGGCCGUGGUGGUGGCGACGGCGGCCGGAGUGGGCUGGUGUCCCCGGCUGAGCAUGGUAGCAGCCUGUGGUCUGGGUUCCCUCAUCUGGUGUCAGGCACACCUUGAAGAGCCAACAAGCUUGGGCACCGGCAACCUAGCUAAUGAAGGAGUGAUCCACCUAUCCCGGCUUGACCAUCUGAUGGGUGACACAAGCCAAACAAUUUGAGAAAACACCAGGAACAUCAUUGCACAGGUGACUAAAUGGUGGCCUCUGUGACAAAUGGCUUGUAGUAAUGGCCAGCUAGGCAUGCGCGGCCCCUGAGGUCACCUGUGACUUCUGGAAGUAGAGGUCUUCGAGCCUACCACACAGGCCUCACCAGCCCAUGGGGCCCCUGGAGCCCCGGGGAGCCACCUGACUGUCCAGACCUCCCCAGGCCCAGCCAUGGCAGGUGCUGAGGGCUUCCAGUACAGGGCUGUGUACCCAUUCCGCCGGGAACGGCCUGAGGACCUGGAGCUGCUCCCUGGUGACCUCCUGGUGGUGAGCCGGGUGGCCCUGCAGGCACUUGGUGUGGCUGAUGGAGGAGAGCGCUGCCCACACAACGUGGGCUGGAUGCCUGGCUUCAACGAGCGCACCAGACAGCGAGGGGACUUCCCUGGAACAUAUGUGGAGUUCCUAGGACCUGUGGCUCUGGCUCGACCAGGCCCUCGCCCACGGGGUCCCCGUCCGUUGCCCGCCAGGCCCUUGGAUGGACCUCCUGAGUCAGGCCAUGUGCUCCCAGACCUGGCAGAGCAGUUCUCCCCACCUGACCCUGCUCCCCCGAUUCUGGUGAAGCUGGUAGAAGCCAUUGAGCAAGCAGAGCUGGACAGUGAAUGCUACAGUAGGCCGGAGCUGCCCGCACCACGGACAGACUGGUCCCUGAGUGACUUGGAGCAGUGGGACCGCACCACCUUGUACGAUGCUGUUAAGGGCUUCCUUCUGGCGUUGCCUGCAGCCGUGGUGACCCCUGAAGCUGCAGCAGAGGCGUAUCGGACACUGCGGGAGGUUGCAGGCCCUGUGGGGCUGGUGCUGGAACCCCCGACACUGCCUCUGCACCAGGCGCUCACGUUGCGGUUCCUGCUGCAGCACCUGGGCCGCGUGGCCCGCAGAGCGCCCUCGCCAGCUACAGCUGUCCAUGCACUGGCCAGCGCCUUCGGGCCGCUGCUGCUGCGUUCACCUCCGCCAGGGGGCGAGGGUGAUGGGAGUGAGCCCGUACCCGACUUCCCUGUGCUGCUGCUAGAGAGGCUGGUGCAGGAGCACGUGGAGGAGCGAGAUGCUGCGCCCCCAGCACUGCCACCCAAACCCUCUAAGGCAAAGCUGGCACCUACAGCUCUGGCCAAUGGAGCAAGCCCACCCUCGCUUCAGGAUGCAGAGUGGUACUGGGGGGACAUCUCCAGGGAAGAGGUGAAUGAGAGGCUCCGGGACACACCUGAUGGUACCUUCUUAGUCCGAGAUGCAUCCAGCAAGAUCCAAGGAGAGUACACACUCACCCUCAGGAAAGGCGGGAACAACAAGCUGAUCAAAGUCUUCCACCGAGAUGGUCACUAUGGCUUCUCAGAGCCCCUUACCUUCUGCUCCGUGGUAGAACUCAUCUCCCACUACCGCCACGAGUCAUUGGCCCAGUACAACGCCAAGCUGGACACGCGCCUUCUCUACCCUGUGUCCAAAUACCAACAAGACCAGGUGGUGAAGGAGGACAGCGUAGAGGCUGUGGGCGCCCAGCUCAAGGUCUACCACCAGCAGUACCAGGACAAGAGCCGCGAAUACGACCAGCUAUAUGAAGAAUACACACGGACCUCCCAGGAGCUUCAGAUGAAGCGCACAGCCAUAGAGGCCUUCAACGAGACCAUCAAGAUCUUCGAAGAACAGGGCCAGACACAGGAGAAGUGCAGCAAGGAGUAUUUGGAGCGCUUCCGGCGAGAGGGCAAUGAGAAGGAGAUGCAGAGGAUCCUGCUGAACUCGGAGCGACUCAAGUCUCGAAUCGCGGAGAUACACGAAAGCCGCACGAAGCUGGAGCAGGAUCUGCGGGCGCAGGCCUCAGACAACCGUGAGAUCGACAAGCGCAUGAACAGCCUCAAGCCUGACCUCAUGCAGUUGCGCAAGAUCAGGGACCAGUACCUCGUAUGGCUCACCCAGAAAGGUGCCCGACAGAGGAAGAUCAACGAAUGGCUGGGAAUCAAGAACGAGACUGAGGACCAGUAUUCCCUGAUGGAGGAUGAGGAUGCCCUCCCCCACCACGAGGAGCGCACAUGGUACGUGGGCAAGAUCAACCGCACACAGGCGGAGGAGAUGCUGAGUGGCAAACGAGACGGGACCUUCCUCAUCCGGGAGAGCAGCCAGCGGGGCUGUUACGCAUGCUCCGUGGUGGUGGACGGCGACACGAAGCACUGUGUCAUCUACCGCACGGCCACCGGCUUCGGCUUCGCAGAGCCCUAUAACCUGUACGGGUCCCUGAAGGAGCUGGUGUUGCACUACCAGCACGCAUCGCUUGUGCAGCACAAUGACGCGCUCACCGUCACCCUCGCACACCCUGUGCGUGCCCCUGGGCCUGGCCCGCCGCCUGCAGCACGCUGAGCGCUCACAUCGCCUGUCUCCCUGUCCAUGUCUCUGUCUCCAGAUCCCCUCCCCAGAUGAACACACGCAGGAGGCCAUCCUUCCCGCUGCGCCUGCCAUGUUUACAGAGGCUGUGGGGCCACUGGCCUGGGCGCCCCGAGUUCUUCAAGCCAUAUCCCCGGGGUUAGAAAGGAACUACACUAGGUGGUUUCCAGGAACUCAGGCCUGGACACUCGGGGCCGGGCGGGACCCGCCCCGCGGACCCCAACUUCCCCUCUUAAGGUCGAAGUGAAACCAGUCACAGGGGGUUACCCCACAGCUGCGGAGAAGCUUCCCCCUCCGGCGGGCAAAAUACAAACUCUGGCCCUCACCCAGGCCCUGCGCUGUUCUCCUGACUGUGCAAUCGCCUCCCCUUUGGGACGGCCCUGGGUGUGUCCCUGCUCCCUGGACCCCAUACCUGCCCAGAGCUGAUGGGCAGCGGGUUUUUGUACGGUACGUUUAUUGAUACGAAUAUGAAACAUUGUACCUGUUG